AUGGCUCAACAAUACAAGCUACCGUUCGAGCUGGACAACCCGGACCUGCUCCACUUUGAUUCCUACGUUGGAAACGCCUGGGUCACAGCAAAGAGUGGCAAGCGGUUUGAAGUUGUCGACCCCGGUACUGAUACCCCCUGGGCAAGCUGCCCGGCGAACUCAGCUGAAGACGUCGAUUCCGCCGUGCAGGCCGCGCACGAGUCAUUUGAGCAGUUCAAGAAGGUUAACCCUCGUCAGCGUGCACAGUGGCUCCUAAAAUGGGACACCCUCAUCCGCGAAGCGAAGGCCGAUCUAGCCAAAAUUCUCACGCAUGAGACCGGCAAGCCGAUCGCCGAGUCUAAUGGUGAGAUUGACUACGCUACCGGUUUUACCUGGUGGUUCGCCGGAGAGGCAGAGCGCAUUCAUGGAUCCAUAGCUGUUCCUGCUGCUCCAAACCGGCGUGUCUUCACCGUCAAGCAACCUAUUGGUGUUGCGGCUGCUCUUGUUCCGUGGAACUUCCCCAUUGCUAUGGUUCUGCGAAAGGCAGGUGCAGCUCUUGCUGCUGGAUGUACAAUGAUUGUCAAGCCCAGUCCUGAGACGCCGUUGACAGCUUUGGUAUUGGCCCAUUUGGCCCAGAAGGCAGGGUUCCCUGCAGGGGUAUUUAAUGUGCUUACCACAGAUUUGGAAAACACGCCACCGCUCAGCGAGAGUCUGUGCAAACAUCCGCUUGUCAAAAAGGUUACUUUUACCGGGUCGACGCGAAUUGGCAAGUUGAUUGCUUCGCAUUGUGCACAUGGCUUGAAGAAAGUUACCCUUGAGUUGGGUGGAAACUGCCCGUUCAUUGUCUUUGAUGACGCGAAUCUUGAACAAGCGUUGGACCAGUUGAUGGCUCUUAAAUGGCGCCAUGCUGGACAGGCUUGUAUCACAGCAAAUCGGGUAUAUGUGCAGGCAGGUGUUUACGACAAGUUUGCCCAAUUGCUCAAGGAAAAGACAUCCAAGCUAGUGAUUGGCCAUGGCGCCAGUGACGGCACGACAAUGGGUCCUCUCACAACCCCUCGAAGUAUCGACAAGGCCAUUAGCCAGGUUGAGGAUGCACGGCAGCGAGGUGCAGAAGUCAUUCUUGGCGGAAACCGUGUCCAGGGAACGAAGGGGUAUUUCUUUGAGCCAACAAUCUUGAAGAAUAUGACCAAGGAGAUGCUAGUGUCUCGCGAGGAAACUUUUGCACCUGUCGCUGCCUUGUACCGAUUUGAGACAGAGGAGGAAGGAGUGAAGCUAGCGAACGACACCAGCAUGGGGCUCGCUAGCUACGCAUUCACAAAGAACAUUGACCGCAUGUGGCGCUUGCUGGAGAAUCUGGAAGCGGGUAUGAUUGGCAUGAACACAGGCAACUCCUCUGCAGCCGAGUCACCUUUCGGAGGCAUCAAGGAAUCGGGGUAUGGCAAGGAGAGCGGAAAGGAAGUGGCUGUGAACGAGUAUCUUGUGACGAAGACGGGAACAUUGACGAUUGAGGGACAGUAUUAG